CCCACACGCACACCCACAGCCACACACACACACAAACAUACAUUUUCACACAGCCGCACACACACAUAGUCCACAUGGGGUCAGUUUGAUUCAGUAUCUUCUCAUUCCGGACACUCAGCAGUAGCGAAGCUCUCCUCUGACACACUCACACCCACCCUCUGUGGCACGCACUCUCCCUCUCUCCCACACACACACACACACACACACACACACAAACACAAAUACUCUCUCUCUCGCUCACUCAACCAUACUCCCGGGCUGUUAGUAGUGGCGGUCUGUGAGGAUCUCUGCCGUUAUCAACUGACUGGAUUUGCAGGACCAUUUACUCCAUUGACACUGAGUGACACCCCUGUCGGACUGCGAGAGCGGAGAACUUCCUCGUAGUUACGGAUCAAGAGACUCCAUUCUUAGUCACCGCAACAAGAACAACAGGAGGAGAAGGAAGGAGGAGUACGAGAGAGACAGGGAAAGCUUUGGUGCCGAGCGGAGCAGCACUGCCAGUGGGGGAGGCAGGAAGCGGGGGGGUCUUGGGCUGAGCGGAGGCACCAGCAUGCGCUGCUCAACCCUCCUGACCAUCUUCACUGGGGUGCUGCUCUACCUGGUGCUGGGGGCUGUGGUGUUCCGAGCCCUUGAGGUGCCCCACGAGGAGGACCAGUACGUCAAACUCCAGAUCACGCGGCAGGAGUACCUCGACAACUACACAUGCAUAACCCCGGAGGUUCUGCAAGCCCUCAUUGAGAGGCUGGCUGAUGCCCUUGGGUCUGGGGCUGAUCCUACGGUCAACUCCACCUUUACCAGUGUCUGGGAUAUAUCCAGCGCGCUCUUCUUCUCCGGCACCAUCAUCACCACCAUCGGAUAUGGGAACAUUUCCCCCAAAACAGAUGGAGGGAAACUCUUCUGUAUUUUCUAUGCCCUGUUUGGGAUUCCCAUGUUUGGUAUUCUCCUGGCUGGAGUUGGUGACCACCUUGGGACUGGGCUGAGAAAUGCUGUUGCCAAAGUAGAGAUGUUUUUGAUGAAAUGGAAGGUGAGCCCUACUAUAGUGCGUGUCAUCACAGCGGUGCUGUCCAUCCUAUUGGGGGUAGUCCUCUUCGUCGCUGUGCCCAUAUUGGUGUUUCAAGAAGUGGAACAGUGGACGCUACUUGAGUCCGCCUACUACGUGGUCAUUACGCUCACCACUGUGGGCUUUGGAGACUAUGUUGCAGGUGAUUCAGGGAUUGCAGGAAGUGACCACUGGUACAAGCCUCUUGUGUGGUUCUGGAUCCUCGUUGGCUUGGCCUACUUUGCGUCCAUCCUUGCCAUGAUUGGAAACUGGCUGCGGGUACUUUCCAAGAAGACUAGAGCUGAGAUGGAGGAGCUCAGGGCACACGCCACAGACUGGGGACAGAACAUACAGAACAUGUCUGUGGACUUCCGCAUGCCGAACAUCGACGACCCGUUCAAGCGUUCCACCAAGCGUAGACGGCGACAUGGCCACCGUAGCAACAGCCACGGCCAUAGCGGAUCUGGCACUGCAGGGGCUAGGGAGGGCGAGAGAGCGAGGGAAGACGGGCAGCAACCUAACAGCGGAUCAGGGUCCUCCUUCGGUUCCUACACCUCCAAUGAGUCUGAAUCAGAGUCUGAGAGCGACUCUGGGGCCACACAGACAGAUCGUGUGCCCGAUGGAGACGUGGAGAAGGAGAAGGAGAACAAACCACCGCUGUCGGACGCAGCCUUCUGCCAGCCUCUGGAUUACUUUGGGGAGAAUCUGGCGUUCAUUGAUGAGUCCUCCGAUGCGGUGAGUGGGAAGGUUCAUUUGGACCCUCUGACUGACUCCACUCAGCCCAACGAUGUCCCCAUGCGAAAGCCCAAGAGGAGGCGCCCCAGAAGACCCGCCCCCCAGAAGAGCCCAAAGACGAGCCCCACCAAGCCAGAGAAGAAGGAACCUAACGGAGACGUAGGCCCCCCGACUGACCCCCCUCCUGCUCCUCCAGAGCCUUAACCAAACCAAGACUCUUUUGUUUCUUUGUUGAAGCUUGUGUGACUCUUCUCCACUGGCCAGGUACCAAUAAGUAAAUCAACAGUUCAGUAGUGUCAUGGGUCAUGGGUCAUGGGUCAUGGGAGGACAUCAAAAAUCAGUGAGUUUCUACAGAUAGGUACAAUCUAACGAGUAGUUAAACAAGAUGAAGAUAGUCCUCCAUCUUGAUGAAGAGCAUCAAUGACUGCAGACGCCUUGUCUCACUAUUCACAGUUCAGUGAUUCAGCUCCUCAAAGUGCGCUUACGUUUGUGUGGACCACACAGAUUAGAGCAGAGAGAGAGGGGGACAGAUGAGAACGAUGGGGAAGGAAGGGAAUGUCUGCUGGGAAGUGCACCUUGGAAUAAACUAUCACACCCCUGUUGAGCACUGCCUACAGAAUGCUGUCAAAAAUGGGCAGUGUCUUGUUUGCAGUCCUGUUUUCUGUUAAAUGUCCACUUAAGUUGGAAAUCACCAAAUAGACAGCUGAAAUACUGUCCUUCCAGCCCAGUUUGAAAUAGUGCCUCAACAGCUUAGCUUGCAGUGCUACACAGCAAAGACGGACACAUUGCAAGCUAACCCAACUCCCCACCAAUAUGUUUGGUGUAACACUAUGCAGAUUAUACAUGUGUUCGGCAUCUGCUCUUCUUAUCUAAGAAAUCAUCAACAUGUCAACAUGAUAAAACCUGAAGGACCUGCAGAAAAACAUCUCUGCAGUAGUAAAUAAUAAUAGUAAAUAAUUGCCCUCCAACCUUAGAAAGGAAAAACAUUAUAAAUGUUAUAAGGAUGUGUGCAAAAAAUGUGACAAAUGAUUUUUUCAUCUGUUGCAUUCUACAAUUUCCAUUGUAUGGCUGCAUUAGAUUGCAUGUUCAGCACAACUAGACUAUCUAGCUAACUAGCCAGCUAGCAUGGUGGUUUAAUUAGCUUGUAUAGUGCUUGCAAUGGCACAUUCAUUAUAUACUGCUAGCUUAUUUUUUAUGAGAAGAUGGUUUGUUCAUGCAGUCAUUAUUAAUUAAAUAGCCUUAGCACAUUUUUGUGCUGCAAUGUCCUGUGCCUCUCCACCAAUGCCAAUGUUAAUUUUUUACGGGUCACAAUUAAUAAAGAUGCUGAAAGCUUGUCCAACCAUGUCUGACUAGCAGCAGGUCCUAAGACGUCAAGGUCAUUUGGAGGUAGAACAAGGAACUUUCAGUCUGAGCUUUUUUGGGCCGAGAUUGGCAAAAGGUGUGACGUCGCACCCCAUUAAACAUUUAUGGUUCUGGUUUUUGAAAAAAAAAUACAUACUGUUUCUGAAACAAUAUAAUGUUCAUAGCAUUUGUAAAAUAUAUUUGCAUGUAUUUUCUUGCAAUUAUAGAAAUGAAAACUCCUUUUCUAAAACACUGUUCCUUCUGCGCCCCAAGAGCGGUCCCCAGUGUUGGCAUGACACAUGUACCACUAACUAGGAGAGGGGACAUUUAAGUUAUAUAUUGGCCUAACAAGUGCAUUAUCUUAUGAAAAACAGAAAACCUUUGGAUGUUCACAACAUUUUUAAAGUGCAAGGAUUUUUUUGUUAGAACGUUAUACUUAAUAUGUGUUUAAUUUUGUUAUUGUUAAGAUUCAAAAUGUAAUAUGUUUUGUAAGUUGUUUUGGAUAAAAGCCUACCACAUACCUGAAUGUAAAUGUAAACAUGAACACAGAACCAGAAACAGCACCAUUACUGGGUCCAGAUGGGCUUGGUACUAUACUGAUUCAUAUAGUAUGGUAUAGUAUAUUGCUAUGGUAUAUUAGUAUAUUGAUACUUAUAAGUGUUUGUAUGCCUCAUCUAAAAUGAGUGAAACGCAACAAAAACAUUACAGCCAGUAUGUAUUUUGAGGAAAACAACAACUGUCUUGGAUCAAUCUUUUUAAAAAGGUGCCAUUUUAGAAACUAUCACUUUUUCUUGCAUCAAGGCCUAAAACAAUGGUGUAAUUCUACAGUGGAUGACUGUUUUUUUGUUUUAGUUUAUUUUGUAUUCUGUAUUCUGCAUCUUGAUUGUUUGGUUGGGGUAUUCUGUUUGUAACGGUUUGCAUUUCAGGGUCAGCAAAUGUAAAUAAAAUACAAUAAAAAAAAAAAACAAGAAGCAAAGAGAGCAUAGCUGGACUGCAAACACUGUUUUUUUUAAUCAUUCUUUCAUUGAGAAGCAAUUGUUUUUCACCACAGGAAAACACCCAGUCAAUGAUCUGCUGUUGUCAUAGAUUGUUUGGACAAUCUUCAAGGGUUGAAGAAUCAUCAAGGGUACAUCUGUGAAGAGUACACCUAUGAACCUCUGAGGCUCCACAUACAAUACACUCAAAAUGAGCAUGCACUUGAUGAACACCUCAUAUUGUGUAGUAUAUUCCAUUCUGUAGAGGAUCAUGUAUGACCAUAUACAGUAUUUAAAAUGAUCAGUGAUCUUUGACUAUCUCAGUGAAACAAUGAACUUGUAACCUAUCUCCAUAUACUAUCUGGUGAAAAGACAUGGAACUGUACAGAUAACUAUGUUAGGGCAAUGGGCUUUAUGGCACACUCUGUAUAAUUAUCUUAAUGUGCCUUCAGGGAGAAAUCCUUCACCUCUUUGCCUGUACGUAUGUCUAGGUCAGUAAAAAUGAUUUCAUAGCUUUGGGUCAAAAUAUAUGUUUGAUUUCAAUUUAGGGCAACUGUGUUUCCCAUUAUCUUUAUGUCCUUUCCAGCCUGUAUUAUUUGUGUUAGUAGGAACAUUAAGAGCUAGUGUUGAUGUAGUGAUUAUUUAAAAUGACUAGAUGUAAUUUGUAAGCUUCACUUUGAGAGUGUGUGUGUGUGUG